UAAGCCCCUCCCCUCUCUCUGGCUUUAGGCCGCUCCCAAGCCCAGAGCUGCUCUGCGCAAGCGCGACUGAACGAGCCGCUCCAACGAGUCCGACCGGAAACAAGCAUUCCCCAGGGCAAUGUCACGACCUGGUCUUCCGCAGGAGCCAGUCAGAAACAGUUUGCUAGAUGAUGCUAAGGCCCGCUUAAGAAAGUAUGAUAUUGGAGGCAAAUAUUCUCAUUUGCCGUAUAACAAAUACUCCGUCCUUUUGCCAUUGGUGGCUAAAGAGGGAAAACUCCAUUUGUUGUUUACCGUCCGGUCAGAGAAGCUAAGAAGGGCCCCUGGAGAAGUUUGCUUCCCUGGAGGUAAGCGUGACCCUACAGACAAGGAUGAUGCAGCCACGGCUCUCCGGGAAGCCCAGGAGGAAGUGGGGCUCCAUCCUCAUCAAGUGGAAGUUGUCUGCUGCCUGAUGCCAUGUCUUAUUGAUAGAUGGGGGUCUCGCUAUGUUGAUGAGGCUGGUCUCGAGCUCCUGGCCUCAAGCGAUCCUCCCACCUCAGCCUCCCAAAGUGCUGGGAUUACAGACAGAUACAUUGAUAACUCCAUUUGUGGGUUUAAUAGACCACAACUUCCAGGCCCAGCCGAAUCCUGCUGAAGUUAAGGAUGUAUUCCUGGUGCCUCUGGCCUAUUUCCUGCAUCCGCAGGUCCAUGACCAGCAUUAUGUCACACGUCUCGGUCACCGUUUUAUUAAUCAUAUCUUUGAGUACACAAACCCUGAAGAUGGUGUCACUUACCAGAUCAAAGGAAUGACAGCAAACCUUGCAGUGUUGGUGGCCUUUAUCAUUUUGGAAAAAAAACCCACCUUUGAGGUUCAAUUUAAUCUUAAUGAUGUAUUAUCAUCCUCUGAAGAGUUAUUCCUGAAGGUUCAUAAAAAAGCUACAAGCAAGUUAUGAUUUACGAGACCAAGAGACAAAGAACUAUCCACGAGGAUUCUGUGUGUGCUUAUUCAUAGAACAACAAUAAUGCCAGCUGUUGGAAUUUGACAGGUGUGAAUAUUUUUUCUGCAGUAUGUAGUUAGAAUCCUUGCCUCUUUUCCAGUUGCCUUCUAUUGUCUGAAAAAGUAAAAGCCAUUCAAAAAUGAAAAAUAUGUUCAUAGUGUUGCAUAUUUUCGCCCACAAUAUGUUAAUAAUAUUUUUCUUACACAUAUAAGAAAGAAUAUCUGGCACAUAGUAGGCCCUUAAUAAAGAUUUUUUGAAUA